GGCCACUAUGAAAGACCAUAAUGCAAUCAUAGAGAUGAACAACAUGGUUUUCAAUGGCCUAGACUAUUUAGAUGCCAACUAUCCCCUAUAUAUGCAGCAACCAUAUAGGUUCUGCUUUCUCUGUGAGGACAAUGGAAAAGUGAUGGCGUACAUUCAAGCAACAUUGAUAGAUGGUGGAAAAUCGCUGAUUCGCCAAGCUGGCAGAUCAAGACUUGGGCACCACAGGGAAGGCUACUUCAAGAUGCUAAGAAGCUACAUGACUGAUCAGAUGAUGAUUCUAUGCCCAAGUGCUGACAGAAUUGUGUACACUGCUCUUUAUGGAGAUUUCCAAAAGGAUCGGGUAGAACAGGGAAUAGAGGGAACUAAACUCAUUGAGACUAGGUAUCGCAGAAUCAUCAGACUACCUCCUCGACAGAGCCUUGAUGACAUUCCUCAUUUUACGAACCACCCCAUAAUACACAGAAUCACCCCAUAUGAGUUAGAAGCCAUAGUAGAAGAAGAUCGUAAAAAUGGUUGGAAAAUAUUUCCUGCCAAGAGCUUUAUAAGUGAGUGGGAACCUAUGAGUAUGAUAGACGGUGUCAAAU